AUGGAAUUGUUGCACGUGAUUAUCAAAGCCGGCCCAUCGCCCCGUCCUCUGGCGUGGUCUGUGGAAGUGUCUUCAACAGAGAGUGGCGAUGACUGGCGGAUGCUGCGCGCUUUUGGAGACCGUGAUCAUUGCCGUAAAUUGUGGGAUCUUCGACCUGAGAGGCGGAGAAGGAAAGCUAGAAGUGCUAAACGAGCUAGUCGAGCGGAAAAAGCAUCUUGCUCAACUCAGUUUACAAGUCCGAAGCCGCUAGAAAACGGAGAGAUGCAUGUAAACAUGGGUGAAGGGGUGCCAGCUCGGCGCGUGCGGGUGUCGUUCCGCGCCGCACACUCUACCGCCAGACACCGGUAUUAUACUGUUCGUGAAGUGACUCUAGCUGCAAGGUGCAUAUGUCAUGGACACGCGAAACACUGCACUGUGGACCAUAAAAGUGCAAAAUGCGAUUGUAUCCAUGGGACUUGUGGUGUGCACUGCCAGCGGUGUUGCUCCGGCGGUCUGUGGCGCGCUCACAAGCCCUGCGACCAGACCAUGGAAGAUAAGAGCGAAUGCUCUUGCGGUGAAAGAGGGGCUUGCUCCUAUGACGACACUGGUGCUAUACUAUGUGUUAAUUGCACGGAGAAUCGAGCAGGUCCUUUCUGUGAUAAAUGUCUGGUUGGCUUCUACAACAUACUGUCGGACGAUCCGUGCGUGCCCUGCAAUUGUGAUCCAGAAGGUUCUGAAGGUUCAUGCAAAUGGGACAGAAAGCAUCACCAGGUAAAGUGUGUUUGCAAGGAAGGGUUCACGGGGCACAAGUGCGACAGCUGCGAGGAUCCGGACGCGGAGUUCCCCAACUGUCUGCGGCAGGCGACGGCGCCCGCGUGCAAGUGCGACCCGUGGGGCGUGGUGGACCCCAGCCGGGUUUGUGAUGAAGUUUGCGAGUGCAAGCCGAACGUGGUGGGGUCGCGGUGCGACGCGUGCGCGCCGGGGCACUUCGGGCCGCGCUGCCUGCCCUGCUACUGCUCGCGCGUGGGCUCGCUGUGCCGCGCCGACGACACUGUCGGGGACGAUGUGACUCUGCCACUGGGCGAUGCAUGGAGCAUCAGCGACGCCGCCACCGAGGACAGCGUGUCGCCGGCUGUCGACGAAGAAGGAAGGCCCUUCCUCAUCAGCUAUGAGGUGGAGGGGUGGGAGUCGUACUACUUCGUGAGCACUCACCUGCGCGGCGCGCGCGCGGCGCUGUACGGCGGCGCGCUGGCGGCGCGCGUGGCGUGGGGCGUGGCGCGCGGGGACGCGGGCGGCAGCGCCUCCGCCGCGCCCGACGCCGUGCUGCUCGCCGCCGAUGGCACAAAACUAACAUACGGCAACACCAGCUACGAAACUCCAGGGCUAACAGAGUUGAAGGUCGUGCUGAUGGAAGAUGGCUGGUUCCUGGGCUCGGACCCCAUCUCCCGCUCACAGUUCCUCGACGUGCUCAGUGACUUAAAGGCUAUUAUGAUCAGAGCUCAUUUUCAUUUUGAUCAAGAUGAGGUGCGCCUGGAGAGCGUGGAGAUAAAGGCGGGCCCGCCGGGGCUGCGCGAGGUGUGCGCGUGCCCGGCGGGCUACGUGGGCGCGCAGUGCGGCGCCUGCGCGCCCACGCACGUGCGCCUCCCGCGCCGCGCGCCGCCCGCCUUCGAGUGCGUGCCCUGCGCCUGCAACGGCCACGCCGGCUGCGACGCUGUGGACGGGCCGUGCGGGCCCUGCCAGCACAACACGACGGGGCCGCACUGCGAGCGCUGCCUGCCCGGACACUACGGGAACCCCGUACAAGGCGCGUGCAAGCCGUGCGCGUGUCCGCUGUACGAGGCGUCCAACAACUUCAGCCCGAACUGCGCGCUGGCGGCGGCGCGCGGCGACGAGUUCGUGUGCACGCAGUGCCCCGACGGCUACACCGGCGACCACUGUGAGCUGUGCGACGCCGGCUACUGGGGCUCGCCGGCGACGCCGGGCGGCGCGUGCCGGCGCUGCGCGUGCGGCGGCGGGCCGUGCCACGCGCGCUCCGGCCGCUGCCUGGUGUGUCCGCCGCACGCGGAGGGCGAGCGCUGCGACCAGUGCCAGGAGGGGUACUGGGCGGGCGGCGACAACGGGUCGUGCGUGGCGUGCGCGUGCGGCGCCGGCGCGCUGUCGGCGGCGUGCGACGCGCGCGGGCGCUGCGCCUGCGCGCGCGGCUGGGCGGGCCGCGCCUGCGACCGCUGCGCCGCCGGCCACGGCGGGCUGGCGGAGGGCUGCCCGGCGUGCGCGUGCGGCGCGGCGGCGCGCGGCGCGGCGUGCGCGGCCGACAGCGGCGCCUGCGCCUGCGCGCCCGGCGCCGCGCCGCCGCGCUGCGCCGCCUGCCUGCCGGCGCACUACGGCCUCACCGCGAGCGGCUGCGAAGCCCCGGACUUGAACCCAGGACCUUUGGACGUGCAGCCGUACAUGCUAGCUACUAAACCACUGAGACAA